AUGAGGAUGUGUGACAGAGGAAUCCAGAUGUUGAUCACUACUGUGGGAGCCUUCGCAGCUUUUAGUUUAAUGACCAUUGCAGUGGGCACGGACUACUGGUUAUAUUCCAGAGGUGUGUGCAGGACUAAAUCUACAAGUGAUAAUGAAACCAGCAGGAAGAAUGAAGAAGUAAUGACCCAUUCAGGGCUGUGGAGGACCUGCUGCUUAGAAGGGGCUUUCCGAGGCGUGUGCAAGAAAAUUGAUCACUUCCCCGAAGAUGCUGACUACGAACAGGACACGGCUGAGUAUCUCCUGCGGGCUGUGAGGGCCUCCAGCGUCUUCCCCAUCCUCAGUGUCACGCUGCUCUUCUUCGGCGGGCUCUGUGUGGCAGCCAGCGAGUUCCACCGCAGCAGGCACAACGUCAUCCUCAGCGCGGGCAUCUUUUUUGUCUCUGCAGGGUUAAGCAACAUCAUCGGCAUCAUAGUUUAUAUAUCAGCCAAUGCUGGAGACCCCGGGCAGCGUGACUCCAAAAAGAGCUACUCCUAUGGCUGGUCCUUUUAUUUCGGAGCCUUCUCUUUCAUCAUCGCAGAAAUUGUAGGAGUAGUCGCUGUGCACAUCUAUAUAGAAAAACAUCAGCAGUUACGUGCCAAAUCCCACUCGGAGCUCCUGAAGAAAUCUACCUUUGCUCGCCUUCCACCUUACAGGUAUAGAUUCCGGAGGCGGUCAAGUUCCCGCUCCACAGAGCCCAGAUCCCGAGACCUGUCCCCCAUCAGCAAAGGCUUCCACACCAUCCCUUCCACUGACAUCUCAAUGUUCACCCUCUCCCGGGACCCCUCAAAGAUCACCAUGGGGACCCUCCUCAACUCCGACCGGGACCAUGCUUUUCUACAGUUCCACAAUUCCACGCCCAAAGAGUUCAAAGAGUCGUUGCAUAAUAAUCCGGCCAACAGGCGCACCACGCCCGUCUGA